AUGCAAUUUAUAUUCCGCAAUUUCGUUAUAUUGUUCGGCAUUUGUCAAUUCCACAGUUCUUUAUCUUAUUAUAAAAAAUUCCGCUUACCGGAACACGUUAAACCGAUUAAUUACAAUUUGUACUUGAAAAUCGAGCCAACAAAAAAUUAUUUUUACGGUAAAGUCCAAAUAUCGCUGAAGAUUUUAAACGAGACGACGAACAGUCUGUAUCUACACGCAGAUCAUGAUUACAUAGAAAUCAAAACUAUCGAAUUGAACGGAACCAAAUGCAAUUCCUCCAUACAUCAGAACGUCGCUACGAAUAUAUUUCCGAUAAAAUGUCCCUUACAAUUCAGAACCGGUCAGGUAUUGAAAAUUUCGUACAAAGGAAAGAUAGGCAACGAUAUGAGUGGCGUUUACCGGAGCACAUACGACGAUGGAAUCAUAGUAGCGACGAAUUUCGAACCUAAUUACGCCCGAAGAGCCUUUCCGUGUUUCGACGAACCCGAAUUUAAGGCUACAUUCGAAAUAACUAUUGAAAAUCCUCGAUUAUACAACGCUCUAUCCAACGCCCCAUCAGAAAGCAUUUUAAUAAGGAAUACCAGUGUAACGAAAUUCCAAAAGACCCCGAUAAUGUCCCCUUAUUUGUUGGCUUUCGUCGUGUCCCAACUUCGACCAGCUAUUUUAAAGGACCAGGAUUUCAACGUAUUCGCUCGUCCCAGCGAAAUCAACCACUUGGGAAUCGCUAUAAAUUACGGACCGAAACUCUUUGAUUACAUGAGCCAAUGGACAGGCAUCCAAUACGCCGAUUUGGGCAACCCUCAGGAGUACUUGGUAGCCUUGCCGGAUUUCGCAGCAGGCGCUAUGGAAAAUUGGGGCCUCAUAAUAUUUAGAGAAAUGGACUUGCUAGAUAGUGGAAACAAGACGUCAGUGGAUUCGUUUCAAACGAUCCUGAUGGUGAUGGGCCACGAGAUAGCCCACCAAUGGUUCGGUAAUUAUGUAACGCUGGACUGGUGGUCUAAUGUUUGGCUCAAUGAAGGUUUCGCUAAUUAUUUCGGCAAAAUCAUCACCGAUGGAGUCGUGAAUGGAACAUUCGAGCUCGACAAGCAAUCUGUUGUAACCACUUUGCAAAAGUAUUUAGAAAAAGAUUCCUUGGUCUCAUCGAAACCGCUAAGUGCUCCUUAUGAAGCUGUACAAACCAAUUUCGAAAUAAAUUUAGCCUUCGACGAAUUGGCAUAUUACAAAGGGGAGUGCAUAGUGAGAAUGAUACGGAACAUCUUGGGUAAAGACAACUUCAGAAGAGGAAUUCAAAAUUAUUUAACCAAAAAUAAAUACAAGAACGUGAGCCCAGAAAAAUUCCUUCAGUCCUUUGAGGACGCGCCUGGAAAUAAAAUAAUAAAUUUGGAAGAAAAAAUGCAUAACUGGAUAUACAAAGCCGGUUAUCCUUUAGUCACAGUUACUCAAACGGAUAACACAACUGUGAGAAUAACGCAAGAAAGAUUUUGCACCAGCACAACCUGCAAUGCAACAACCCAAUGGUACGUUCCAAUUAGUUAUACCACGCAAAGCGAAAACAAUUUCUCCAUAAAUAUAAAAGACUGGUUGAAGCCGAAUAAACCUUUGGAAAUUAACCACGAUAGCAAGGAAUGGUUGAUUGUUAAUUUACAACAAAACGGUUUUUAUAGAGUCAAUUACGAUAAGUCCUUGUGGGCGAAAAUAAUAAAAGAUCUCACUACGUCCAUGGAAAUUGAUCCCCUCAACAGAGCGCAAUUAAUCGACGACAUAUUUCAUUUAGCCAAAGCCGGAAAAAUCUCUUAUAACAAAGCCUUCGAAUUGGCGCAAUAUUUGAAACACGAAACGAGUUACUACCCUUGGUUUUCAGCAAUAAGAAGCUUCUACAAUAUAAUUGACAAUGUUGAUUCAAAUGUCGAAAUUUUACUGAAGAAGUGGCUACUAAAUUUAAUUAGCGACAUCCCUCGCAGUCUUCCGAAUAGUCAAUCCCAUAUUGCAGCCUUACAACAAACUUUAAUUAUAGAAUUUGCUUGCAAAAUAGGCCAUAAAAAAUACCUUGCAUACGCUGAAAAAAGAUUCAAGGCAUUCAAAAGAAACAAAAACCUUAUUCCUGUUGAAUAUACUUUCUUGUGCUAUGGUUUGAUGUAUAGUAACAAUUUGCAAGACGACUAUAACUUUCUACUAAACAUAUUCAAUACAUCUACUUCUUACGAGCAGUAUCAGAUACUAAUCGCGCUAGGAUGUAUGAAUGAUGAGGAGUUUCUCAUGAAAUAUCUAAAAUUAACAAUAAUAGAGCCGAGUCCGAUAAGACAACAAGACUUCACUACCCUCUUCAAUUCGGUAUAUUACAAUAACAAACUGGGAAUUGGUGUAGCUUUAGAUUUUAUGUUCAAGUACUUCAAAGCUAUGGAAUUUGCUUACGGUGGAGUAACGGGGUUACCAUCAUUAAUGAUAGACAUUGCAGAAAAAAUAACUACUGAAGAGAACAUUAAAAAAAUGGAUAAAAUUUUGGACUAUUACAAGGAAAACGAGAAUGUGAAAUUAGUGGAAGCGUCGGUGAACGAGAUAAUUGAUACGAAUCAACAAUGGAGAAAUAAUUACGAAAUGGAAAUCCAAAAUUAUUUAAAGAAAUCAACAAGUGGGAGUGCUCGCUUUUAUCCUGAAUUUAACAUUGCUUACAUUGUAUCAUACUGUGUUUUUUACAUAAUUACAAUGUAA